UGUUAGCCCAGCCAUACACGCAUGUCUACCGCGGAGUAUUGUGGGUGUCAGUGAGGAAGUAAAAUGGCGGACCUGGCAAACGAAGAGAAGCCUGCCAUAGCCCCACCUGUGUUUGUGUUCCAGGAAGAUAAAGCACAGAAGAGAUCAGCAGAAGGGUCCAGUGCUGAGGAUGGAGAAGACUCUGAUAAAGAUGAGAGUAGUUACUGUCCCCCGGCCAAGAGAGAAAGAACAUCAUCACUAACACAGUUCCCACCCGCACAUUCAGUUUCUAAGAACAAUGUGUUCAUGCCACCCAGUUUCUGUCAGUCCCCGUCAGGAAAUAAUUCAGAUUCAGAACCUGAGGAGAAGACUGUUGGGUUUCGCUUGAAGCCUCCCACCCUGAUCCAUGGACAGGCUCCUCGUACAGGUGUCCCGAGCCAGAAGCCCAAGGAGCAGCAGCGCAGCGUACUACGACCCGCAGUACUGCAGGCCCCUCCACCUAGCAAAUCACUAACCCUGACCGGGUUGAACAGUGGUACGAAUGGAGUGAACAGAUCGUCCGAGGGUCUGCCAGUCACCCAGAACAACACAGAGAACUGUGAUGGCUCCACAGACAAUAUGGCCAAGUCACAGGUUGAGGGAAGCAGUGAAAAGAAAGUCUCUCUGUCAGCAGAAUCAGGGGAAACCAAUUAUUUCCUACAGUACAGAAGCACUCCUGGCUUACAGAAGGCUGAGAACAACACUGACGACGGGGCUAAGUUUGUGUUUGGACAGAACAUGUCGGAUCGUGUCCUGAGUCCGCUGAAAUGUGAGCAGGCAGCGGAGAGCAGCAGAGAUCCCCCUGCCACCCCGCCAUGUGAGCCACCCUCACUGGUCAGCAGCCCCGACAAAGAUACCAAUGUGACAGAGUCUUUGGAGGAGUCGGCAGCGGCCUACACCAAAGCCACAGCCAAGAAGUGCUUGUUAGAGAAGGUAGAGGUCAGAACUGGAGAGGAGUCGGAGAGUAAUGUACUACAGGUCCAAUGCAAGUUGUUUGUGUUUGACAAAGCAUCCCAGUCUUGGGUGGAGAGAGGCAGAGGACUACUGAGGCUUAAUGAUAUGGCCUCCACAGAGGAGGGAUCGUUGCAGUCCAGGCUAGUGAUGAGGACCCAGGGCAGUUUGCGUCUGAUCCUCAACACCAAGCUGUGGCCCCAAAUGCAGACGGACAAGGCCAGCGAGAAGAGCGUCCGCAUCACAGCCAUGGACACUGAGGACCAGGGGGUCAAGGUCUUCCUUAUAUCGGCAAGCUCUAAGGACACGGGUCAGCUGUACGCAGCGCUGCAUCACCGUAUCCUGGCACUGCGGAGCCGCUCAGACCAGGAGCCAGAGCCCCGGGUCCCCAUUCCAGAUGGCCACAUCCCUCACCCCCAGUCUAACGAGGAGGAUAGUGAUGAGGACGAAUCGCUCACACCCACUGCCAACAUCGCAGAGGGUCCAGAGGGCCAGGCCAGCGGGAGUGGGUCCUCAUAGCGCCUGCCCCCCUCCACACGCUGCAGUCAGGACCCCUACAGGCACCUCAGUCCAGCAUUUCCCCAAUGGUCAGAGGUCACAGUGGAGUACGAGGAAGGAUCCUAUGCAGGUGCUACUAACUUAACUCUGUGCAGUUCAGUCUCUCUGCAUUCACAGUAUAUCCAGGAUGGAUGGUCUUUUUGUUUGUUUUUUUAUUUUAGUUUUUUUAACCUAUAGAACUGAAAAAUAUAUAUUUUUUGGAGUUUGUGAAUUGUCGCUCAUCAUAUUGAUGAGUGAGACGUUGCAAGUCGGAAUGAGAAAGCAGUUUUCUUCUCUCGCCGAUGUAAGUACAUUCUAAAGAGCUUGCCGUUAAAAGUGGGACCUCUUUAUCCACCUUGCAAGAAAACAGACCUCAGGCACUUCAAAUCCAGUGGGGCUUGUAUUUUGUUCAGAGAGGUAAAGAUCUAGUUGCCUAGCAAAUAAUUGUUUAUAAAGUCUUCUUUUUAUUUCACUGAGUUGUGUCUCCAAGUUUUAUUUUGUAUUUUAAGUCUGUCGAUACCGCCUUUGGCCACUUAGUUUUUUAGUCUGUAGUCAACAUUAGAAAUUAUUUUUGACCACAAAUCAUCGAAAUAGAAGCCCUUGUGCAAACACCUGCUUUGACGUAAAUUAUUUAAAGAAUUCCAUUUAAUAAUGGAGUUGACCUGUGUUCAUUAUUAUGAUGAUUAUUAUUAUUGAUAGUUGAUAUAUCGACUUUGAUUUUGAAGUUCAUUCGAAAAUGAACCCAUUUUGCAAAUAAGCUAGUUGGAUUUGAUAGUUUUACAGCAGGUUUUUUUCCAUGACCCCAACAUUUUCCCUAAAUAUAGAUGGUAGAUGUGUUUGUUUCAAAAAGAUAAAACAUUUUUAGAUGGAUCUGAAAAGAUAUCAUCUUCCCAAAUAUAUAUUGAAUAAACCAAUUUUAUUAGUUGUUUACAAUUGUUUAUUUAGUUUGCUUUAAAUAAGUUACACAGACAUUGUUUAUAACAACCUUGAUCAUUGUGAACAUAUUUUUCCUAUGUUUUUUUCACACCAUGAGAAAGGUCAAUAUAAUAACUUCUAGGUUUGGGUGUUGGCAGUUGGAUUCUCCGAACAUGUCGUUAUUUGCAUCUAUCCUAAAUGGGUUUGACCUCAAAACCCUACAAAAUGCACAUAUACUCUCAGAACAACUAAUGCUGCCAUUUUAAUUCAAAGAGCUAUAGGCAUUGGAACAGGUGGUUCUACACGCACAUGAUUGGAAGACUACAAGUACAUUGUUUCUCACCAAUCGUCUGGUGCUGAGCCCUCUUUAUUCCACUGUUAAUCGGUGGCUUUGGUUUGGUGUAUUUAAAACGGAUCCCCUAUGAGAAUAGAUAACUGCAGUUAUAUUUCCUUCAGUGAAGUGUGGCUCCUCUUGUUUUAAGCCUUUCUUCUUCAUAUCAGUGGAAUUAGUCAUAUCUCGAAACUGUUGUAUUAUAGUGUGAUCCUUUUUCAUGUACUACAAGCCUUUCAUGUGAAAAUAUGUAUUUUUAACACAAAAAAAGCACACUAAGAAAACUGGGGGAAAAAACAAAAAAAAACAGGCAAGUAGAAAUGUUUGUGGUUAAAAUGUAUAUAUCCCGUAAGGUAUAUUAUUGAGCAGCCUUUCAGUGUAAAAAAAAAAAAAGAGAAGGAUGCCCCUCUUUAUUUUGCACUCUUCUUCACCGUUGUCUGUAGAAACCUCACCAUGUAGUGUGCUCUGUACGUUUGUGUUCUCUCCAUUCUUCACAUUCUGCUUAUGUAGCAACAAACAUAGGACUAUUCCUCCGGACAUGGGGCUCAGACAUGAAUGUAUGGCACCUUGGGUCUGAAUAAAGAGCCAGGGGCCGACGUUCUUCAGCACUUUUCCUUCUCUGUUAUAUUUCUCCCAUCAAUAUGAAUUUUUAAAUGUUCGUAAAUGCAAAUGAACUUGGACUGUCCAUUAAUAAAAUGGCAAAAGGUGGUCAAUGAUGAAGUGUUGAAUGUUGUUUACAUUGGGGUUGUUGGUGGUUAUUUGCUGGGGAGUGACUGUAAGACAGAAACACUUUUGUUCAUGUUAUAUUUUUGUUGCUGUAUUGUUUGUCAUGUCUGCUAUUGUCCCUCAAAAUGUCUACCUGUUUUCUGUUUUGAAGUUAGGUGUAGUUCCAUAACCUGGUGCUAUUUUGUUACCGUUCCUAUCACUAUACAAGUCAAUGUUGAUAUUCCGUUAGAAUUAUAUCAAAACGGAACAUCUUUGAAUGGAAGGCAAGUGGUGAAGAUGUUCUGAAACUUUAGUUGACAUGACGAGCCCUUGACGCUAUUGUACAAGAGCACCUGUCCCAUACUCUAUCUGUGACUGGAAUAUGUUUUCAUAAUAAUGUCAUCUGCAUUGGCUUCUAGACAUGUCAUUCAUUACAAUACAUUUGCUGACCGUUCACAGUCGUGGCAUUGCUGCCUAUUUUGAUUAGUCCAAUACAACAGAGAUGUGGUCAGAGUAGGUGUGCCAGAGAUGCGUAAGCGAUCAGGAGUGGUCCAUAAUAGGCUAAUGAAAUGAACAGAAAAGGUUGUAUUUUUUCCCCCACUUAUGGGAUAGGCUUUCUAACCAGCUAUCUCCCCUCUUUCCAAUGAUCCGCAACUGCAAUAGAGACAUGUAAAGAUAUACCAUACCUAUCGGGAGAAAGAUGCUUGUCAUUGAGGAACAUUAGAAUAGCUACAUGUCUCUUUUCAACAAUGCCCACGUCGUUACCAGUUAUUUUGAUAUCGAUCGCCCAGUAUGUGUGGAACAAGGGCUAAGAUGCAGUCAUAUCAUAGCAAUAGA